AUGGCCUCGAGCUCACCGAAGUGUACAGGCCACAAAAUCCCCAUCCAACACCUAACCAAACCGGGUUUGCAGUCUGAUCUGGAAGACCCCAAGCCCGUGUCCACCCAUAUUCCAACUGAAGAUGGGGGCUAUCAGAUCUAUAAAGCGGCGGGAAAGCUUGAAGGAAAGAAAGCGAUUAUCACUGGCGGUGACUCUGGGAUUGGCCGAGCUGUGGCUAUUUUGUUUGCCAUGGAAGGCGCCUCGAGUCUCAUUGUAUACCUACCCCAGGAGGAGUCUGAUGCGCAAGAGACCAAGAGAAGGGUCGAGGAAUAUGGUCAGCAAUGCCACACGCUCGCCAUUGACCUACGCAAGAAGGAGAAUUGCCAAAAGAUUAUUGACAUCUCUUUGCAAAAGAUGGGCGGCAUCGACAUUCUUGUGAACAAUGCGGCUUUCCAGGAUAUGCUGAGCGAUAUCAGUGAGAUCGACGAAUCCCAGUGGGAGCGAACCUUUGACACCAACAUACACUCCUUCUUUUACCUGUCCAAGUACUCUCUUCCCCAUAUGAAAAAUGGCUCCACCAUCAUCAAUUGCGCCUCUGUCAACCAUUACAUCGGCCGAGGUGACCUUUUGGAUUACACUUCGACCAAAGGAGCAAUUGUUGCAUUCACGCGCGGCUUAGCGAAUCAACAGAUGAAAAAGGGCAUCCGGGUCAAUUGUGUAUGCCCUGGCCCAAUCUGGACCCCUCUGAUACCAUCCACCAUGUCCAGCGAAGCCAUGGAGGCCUUCAGCAACCCACCGAUGGGUCGACCAGGCCAGCCAAGCGAGGUGGCGACCUGUUUUGUAUUCCUUGCGAGUCAGGACAGCAGCUAUAUCUCGGGGCAGUGUCUGCACCCCAACGGAGGAAUCAUGGUCAAUGGAUAA